CUUAAUGGAAUUUGAUAGCAUCUGUUGCGUCUACUGCCUCCAUGACCUUAGCGGCGCAUAUGUUGAGUGCACAGACUGUUCCGGUGUCAUCUUGUGCUUGGAAGUAAGCUGCCCAUGCUUUUGCAGUGGUGCAGAGGCAGGAAGUCACAAGAAAACUCAUGGCUACCGUUUCAAGUCGGCUUCUAAGAACGCUUCAGUCUCAAUAUUUGGAGGCUGGGCUGCAAAUGAAGAACAGCAACUUUUGGAAGCUCUUGAACACUAUGGUGUUGGUAACUGGUAUGUUUACUACUCACCAAGUUCCAGUUUAUCAUCUUCUCUUUUUAGGGAAGAUGUAUCACUUAAAGUGGAGACGAGAAGCCCAUUGGAAUGUAUGGAACACUAUGGAGCUUAUUAUCUGGAUACUAUGCUUGGAUCUAAUACACUGUGUCAGAGCGCGCCGACUCCACGGGUGACCGAUCACACGGCCGAUUCCAGCCAGUCCACUCCCACUAUGCAAGCUUCACCUGCUGUUUACAUGGAGGUAGAAGAUCAACAGCUCCUUGGCUAUAUGCCUGCUCGUGGGGACUUUGAGAGAGAUUAUGAUAAUGAUGCUGAGAGCAUUCUUUGCCGUCUUCAUCCUAGCUUCUCAUACGACGAUCUGGAGGAUGCUUUGAAGGUAGCCCAAGUGGGAAUUUAUAUGCAAAGGCUUCGAGAAAGACAACGACGGAAAGAGAUUGCCCGAGAGCACGGACUUAUUGCGCCAAUCCUUGCUUUUAUCCUGAAUAAGCGACUCAAAAAGCGAAUUCCGUGGAAAAAGCGAGCUGCAUCUGCUCAUGGUCCAGGCUCACGAAGACGCGGUCGUCCCCCGUCUCCUCGGCGCCACUUGCAGCUGGGUAAAUGUACCAGCCAAAAAACCACUCCCAUCAAACGGACAUCAUUCGACAGUUCGAGUCUUCUUUUGGAACCCCAAUCGUCAUCUCCACCUCCUGGCAGCUGGCUGGCGGCACCAUACGUCCUAAAGGCUUCUGGAGCGACUCGCGGUACCCCACUGGUUGCUAGCGGACUGGCUACCAACACGCUACCGUCCAGACUGGCCACUACCCAGUCUCUCCGUCCUAACGCCGUUCGCCCGGGUUCCUUUCUCCCACUAAGAGAGAAUUCUUAUUUUCCAGAGAACCACACCGUUUUUUCUUUGAACGAGAAACUAAAGCCGUUCCUUCGCUACUUUACUGGACCGCAAGGCAAACACUUCAUGGACAACCUAUAUCGUGAGGAGCUUCUGAAAUUUGAAAUAAAGUAUCUUAUGGAUUGUCACGCGAAAGGCAAGGUGAAACUAAAUAUUAGUGGUUCCAUAAUUCGUUGCCAAGUCGUACACGGUCCAUCUCUCGACCGCUUCUACACAGCACAGGGCCGGGUGAAAACAGCUCUGCGAGGCAAAUGGCCUUCUGGCAUGUGGAGUACGUGUCCUAACCAGCUUAACCCAUGGAGCAUGAAUAAUUCACCUAUCACUGGAAAGUUUCUUCUUCCUAAGGCCAUCUGGUGUACCUCAGAAUCGCUAAUACGAUGUUUCUGCUGCAUCCGACCAAUGCGUCGGAGACACCCAUGUUCAAACACUGACAUUUUUCGUGUGUCCUCUGCGCGUAAGGCCGUACGGAUUGACGUUAUGUUGGCACCAUUGGUAUCGGAAUUUGGCAAAAGCUGUUCUAGCCUUCCCGAUUCGAGAAGUAAACUUAUCUCCAGCCAGUCCGCCGGAACCUAUAUAACUGCCCAUGUAAGCAAAUCGAUCUACCACGUCGAGUGGCUCGUCUGCAAACAUGAGCAGCAGUUCGCAGGUUUGAAUGGCAUGCCAGACCGUAGAGCAAGUUA